AUGGAGAACGGAUUGGCAUUGGUUCGUGAUGAUGCUGGAGUCUGGAGAGACCAAGAUGGUCAUGUGUGUAAUGAGAGAGGUCAGCGACUUGAUGGAGAGGGUAACAUCAUCAGGACGCUGGGUGACUACAACAGGCCUGAGCAAUUCUAUGCAAAUCGGUCCGCGAUUCGCGCUCCUGCGUUUCAGAGGAACGAUUUUGAGCUCAAGCCUGUGUAUUACACUCUUGUGGGUCAGCAUCCUUUCCAUGGUCUUUCUCAUGAGCACCCGAUGGAUCAUAUCGAGAGGUUUGAGGACUUGUUGGAGCCAGGAUCACUGACUACCUGGGAAGAGACCAGGAACGCCUUCCUGCACAACUUCUAUGACGAUGCCAGGUCUGAAGAGUUGAGACUCAAAAUUUCAACGUUUUCUCAGGGACCAGCUGAAGCAUUCAAGGCUGCUUGGGUGAGAUUCAAGUCAUAUCAGAGAGACUGUCCACAUCAUGGUUUCAGUGAUGUUCAGCUGCUAGGUACUUUCUUCAGAGGUGUUGAUUGGAGAUAUCAGAUGGCUCUUGAUGCUGCAAGCAAUGGAAAUUUCAACACCAGAUAUCCUGAAGAUGCUGUUGUGCUUAUUGAGAACUUGGCAUCUAGCAAUAGUACCAAGAAUGCAGACUAUCAGCGAAAGAAGCAGGGUGGAAACAUGGAUGGAUCGCAGAUUGCUGAGGUGAAGGCUAAGCUUGACUCUGUGCAUAGUCUUCUUGUGGGUAAGAAAUCUGGUCAGAGAUUUGGUUCUGGGCAAGGGAACACAAAUUACAAUGGAAAUAAUCAGAGGAGUACCUUCACAGGUAAUCAAAACUCUUCUGGUUACAGCUCCAAACCUCAGUACCAGAUAUCCUACUCCAACAACAGGUUUUCAAGGAACUAUGGUUCUCCUCCUACUCAAACUCCAGAUAAUGAGGUGAAGUCUAUGCUGGAACAGAUCUUGGAAGGUCAGCAGAAGAUGACUGUGGAUUUCAAUGGGAAGAUUGAUGCUCUGUAUCUGGAUCUGAAUGGAAAAAUUGAAGUUCUGAACACUCAUGUCAAGAAGCUUGAUACUCAGGUUGCUCAGACUGCAGAGUCUGUAAAAAGGCAAGAAGGAUUCCUUCCUGGGAAGACUGAUACCAAUCCUAGGCAUUACUGCAGUGCCAUCUCGUUAAGAAGUGGUAAAAAGUUGACUCCUGUGCUGAAAAAGGGUGUUUCUGAGGAUGAAAUCGUGGAGUUGGACGAAUCUGAAGAAAAUUUCGAAGUUGCAGAGCCGGUGUCGAACGACACCACAACCAGUGUCGCGCGUCACCAAUUGCAGAGCAAAGCUGAUAUUGCUCAAAGUCCGAAAUCUGCUGAAGAAAGAGUCUACAAACCUAAGGUUCCUUACCCAAGGAGUCCUAGGAAGUCCAAGCAGGAGAUAGAUGAUGCCAGAUGCAAGGCUUUGAUGGAGAAACUUGUGAUUGAGAUUCCUUUGGUUGAUGCUGUGAAGAUUGCUCCUACUCUCAGACACUAUGUGAAGAAGAUGAUGACUAAUAAUGUGAGUCAUGAGGAAGGAGUGAUGAUGAUCUCUGAACAGGUCAGUGCUGUGAUUCAGAAUAAGAUUCCAGAGAAACUCUCAGAGCCAGGAAGCUUUGUUUUGGACUGCUCUAUCUUCUCUGAGAGAUUCAAGAGAUCGCUGUGUGAUCUUGGUUCGAGUGUCAACCUAAUGCCAUACUCUGUAGCUGUUAGCCUUGGGAUGACUGACUUCAAGCCAACUAAGAUCUCUCUAAUCCUAGCAGAUCGGUCUAAAAGAAUCCCAAAAGGUGUCUUGGAGGAUGUUCCGAUUAAAGUUGGUGAUUGCAUAAUUCCUACAGAUUUCGUGGUUCUAGAAUAUGGAGAAGAACCCAAAGAUCCUCUUAUCCUGGGAAGAUCGUUUUUAGCUACAGCUGGAGCAGUAAUUGAUGUCAUGCACGGUACCCUUGAUCUCCACCUGGGAGAUACCAUCAUGACUUUCAAGAUGGAGAAGCUAAAGGAUCCCACCAUAGAUGGUCAGACAUUCCAAGUCAGUGCAAUACCUGAAGUGAUAGUUGGAGAUCAGAACGUGUUUGAUGCUGAGAAGGUGAGAGAUCAACCUGAGUUCACAAAAACGUCUACAGAUGCAGUGACUGUUGUUGAUCAGGAAGCUCCAAACAUCUCACUCAAUUCAUCUCCAGCAAAGCAAAGAGCUCUUGGUUCUUCAAUUGAUGAUAUUGCAGGGAAUAGGUCAAGGCCAUCCAAACACAGAUCUCACCCUGGUGCUAUUCCUACAUUCCUUGGACGACCUCAUGCGCACAACGCUUACACACCACCAUGGAUGAGACGAAUUUCACAGAGGCACUCUUUGCCACUGUCUGAUCCACCAGAUGCAUAG